UGUCGCUGUUGAUUCAAGUCCAAGUCCAUCCUAUAAGACCCGAAAUGGGUCCUGCACAUUGUGAACAAAACCUCUACUUUGGCCAAAAGAUAUUAUUACUCAGUUCCAAAAGUAAAAAAGGGAAAAAGAAAGCAAAGCAACAACUCGGUUUCCCAUCCUGUGCCUCUUUUUCUGUUUAAUUCAUUUCGCCUUUCUUCUCCUACAUAUAGAGGAUCCCUCAAUAUCAAUUCCUCACCAAGUAUGGCUCACCAGGGCUCCAUGGGUUUUCUUGCUACUCUCUCCCUCUGCGUCCUAGUCAUAGCUGGUUUGUCUCAUGGAGCAUUGGCUUCAAGGAAAGCUUUCUUUGCUCCAAAAUAUGCAGCUACUGAGCCUCUAGCAGAUGGUAUAUGUGCGUCUUCGGUCAUUGCGCAUGGCUACAAAUGCCAUGAACUUAAAGUUACAACCAAAGAUGGGUACAUUCUUAGUUUGCAGAGAAUCCCAGAAGGCAGAGCAGAGGCAAGAGAUCACAGUGGGACUAAGAAGCAGCCUGCCAUUAUACAACAUGGAGUACUAGUGGAUGGAAUGACAUGGCUUCUGAAUCCACCAGAACAAAGCUUGCCCUUCAUUCUAGCUGAUAAUGGCUUCGAUGUAUGGAUUGCUAACACCAGAGGGACCAGAUAUAGCCGCCAACAUAUCUAUCUGGACCCUUCUAGCCCGGACUUCUGGAACUGGUCUUGGGAUGAACUGGUUAGCUAUGAUCUACCGGCUGUUUUUGAUUACGUGUUCAACCAAACAGGGCAGAAGAUUAAUUACGUUGGGCAUUCUCAGGGAACAUUGAUAGCCUUGGCAUCCUUCACGGAGGGGAACUUGGUGAACCAGCUGAGGUCAGCUGCCUUGUUGAGCCCCAUUGCUUAUCUGAGCCACAUGAGUACCGCACUUGGAGUUGUGGCUGCGAAGUCUUUUGUUGGUGAGAUCACUACCUUAUUCGGUCUGGCGGAGUUUAAUCCUCGCGGGCUGCCUGUUGCUGCUUUUGUCAAUUCUCUCUGCGCUUACCCAAGAGUUGACUGCUACGACUUGUUAACUGCACUAACUGGGAAAAAUUGCUGUCUCAACUCUUCCACGGUUGAUCUGUUCAUGAUGAAUGAACCCCAGCCUACAUCAACAAAGAACAUGGUGCACUUGGCUCAGACUGUAAGACAUGGGGUUCUGGCAAAGUUCAACUAUGAGAGACCAGACUAUAAUAUUAUGCAUUAUGGAGAAGCUUUCCCUCCGCUUUAUAACCUUUCCAAUAUUCCCCAUAACCUCCCUCUCUUUGUUAGCUACGGAGGACGAGAUGCGCUGUCUGAUGUUCUUGAUGUUGACAACUUACUCGAUGCACUCAAGUUCCACGAUGUUGACAAGCUUAGUGUUCAGUUCAUCAAGGACUAUGCUCAUGCCGACUACGUCAUGGCGUUCAAUGCGAAGGACUUAGUGUACAACGAGGUUCUCGCGUUCUUUAAGCGCCAAUUUGAUACAUGAUGCAGCAAAAGCUCAGCUUGAAAGUUUAAACUACCACAACUACAUCUUACAAAAAUGCCAUGUAUUGGUUAUCUAUCUGAUCAAUCUAAGUUAUCUAGCUAUUGAUCAA